GUUGUUCACCGGUUCCCGCUGGAUCUCGCGAUGUUUUUUGUUUUCAUUGAUUUGAAACAUGGCGUCUGAAGGAGAGGCGGGCAGUACUGCCACAACCGAACCGGAGGCUGGAGAGGGUGAGGCUGUAUUUGGAGAUCUUCCAACCAGCAUGGACACUGAAUCUUCAAAUGGAAAAGAGGGCAUGGAGACAGCUGGCGAAGGCUCAGAGGCUGCUGAUGCUCUCACCGGAUCAGGUGAUGAGGAGAGUGGGAGGCAGCUAGGGGAUGUGGAGCUCCAGUGUGCUUUGUGCAUGAAGUGGUUUACUGCAGAAACUUUCGGCAUUGACACUACGACAUGUCUUCCCUUUAUGACCAAUUAUGUGUUUCACUGCAACGUGUGCCACCACAGUGGCAACACAUACUUCCUUAGAAAACAAGCAAACCUGAAGGAGAUGUGUCUCACAGCCCUAGCAAACCUGACAUGGCGGUCAAGAACACAAGAUGAACAUCCAAAGACAAUGUUCUCCAAGGAUAAGGAUAUCAUACCAUUUAUUGACAAGUACUGGGAAUGUAUGACAACUCGUCAGAGACCCGGCAAGCUCACAUGGCCCAAUAACAUAGUGAAGACAAUGAGUAAAGAGCGAGAUGUUUUCCUAGUGAAGGAGCAUCCAGAUCCAGGUAGUAAGGACCCAGAAGAGGAGUACCCCAAAUUUGGCCUCUUGGAUCAGGACCUGGGAAACAUUGGACCUUCAUAUGACACACAGAAACAGGCCUCUGCUACCCCUACAUCUGGUGGGCUCAAUGGUGGAUCUUCUUUCUCAGGUGCGUUGGCUCCUGGUCCAGGAAAAGGAAGAGGAGCCAAACGUAAACAGCAGCAGCAGCAGCAGGAAGGCACCGCUGCAGGAGCAACUAAGAGGACCCGAAGCGACCCUCUUUUCUCAGCCCAGCGUUUACCUCCUCAUGGUUAUCCUCUGGAGCACCCCUUCAACAAAGAUGGGUACCGUUACAUCUUGGCAGAACCAGACCCCCAUGCCCCAGACCCAGAAAAGCUAGAGCUGGACUGCUGGGCUGGAAAACCCAUACCUGGAGAUCUUUACAGGGCUUGUCUGUAUGAGAGGGUGCUGCUGGCCUUGCAUGACAGAGCGCCUCAGUUGAAGAUCUCAGAUGACCGCCUGACAGUGACUGGAGAGAAGGGCUACUCCAUGGUGCGAGCCUCCCACGGCAUACGCAAAGGCUCCUGGUACUUUGAGGUUACUGUCGAUGACAUGCCUCCAGAGACGGCAGCCAGACUCGGCUGGUCUCAGCCCCUUGGUAACCUUCAAGCACCUUUGGGCUAUGACAAGUUCAGCUACUCAUGGCGCAGUAAGAAGGGCACAAAGUUUCACCAGUCGAUAGGAAAGCAUUAUUCCUCCAGCUACGGUCAGGGAGACACGCUGGGCUUCUUUAUAGAGCUGCCUGAUGGCACAGAGACCUCCAAGGCUCUGCCUGAUACAUACAAAGACAAGGCGCUGAUUAAGUUCAAGAGCUACUUGUACUUUGAGGAGAAGGACUACACAGACAAAGCAGAGAAAAGUCUGAAGCCAAUGAGCCCCAGCAGGAUGGUGUUCUACAAAAACGGUGCUAACCAAGGUGUUGCCUUUGAAAACCUGUUUGAAGGCAUCUACUUCCCUGCUAUCUCACUCUACAAGAGCUGCACGGUCUCAGUCAAUUUUGGGCCACAGUUCAAAUACCCACCAAAAGACGUCAAAUACCAGCCGAUGAGCGACAUGGGCUGGGGAGCCGUGAUCGAACACACACUGGCUGAUAUGCUGUACCAUGUGGAGACGGAGGUGGAUGGGCGCCGCAGCCCUCCUUGGGAAGGUUGAACACAGCUGAAGCACCCUUUUCCAGAACACAGUUUCACCUUCAGACAAUAAGACUCAGCCACCACCUGUUGCAGUAAACUGUUGCUCACCAAAGUUAAACUCACACAUUCAAUCCUAAGCUCCUACAUUACGAUUUCCUGCGACUUCUCGGUGGCUGAAUAUCACACAGACAUUGUUAAGACAAAUGAACUUAUUUGGUGCUCUGGUUUAAGUUCCUGUUAACCAGUAGUGUGACUUGUCAUCAGUUUUAACAUACUCUAGUUGUGGGAUCAUUUCUGAACCUCAUGUUUGCUGCAUUGUCACAUCCACAAAGACCCACGUCAGCUGUCGGGUUCAUCUCUAGGUGAGAGUUUCUGCAGUCUUUGGCGUGUUCUGUCUUUUUUCCUAAUUUCACUUGUUUUAAUAUGUGUGAUUUAGUUACUGUUUUAUACACUUGGUUAAAUAAAAAAUGCUACAUCAAAUGAUGAAA